CAGGCUGAGAAACGGCUGCCGGGCAGAAUGGCCGGGGAGGAGAGAGGUCCUUUCCGUUUCCGGCCCACGCUGGUCCGCUACUCCGCAGACCAUCCCUUCUUCGAGGACGGCGAUGUCCACCGGCAUAUGUACCUCCAAGGUCUCCUGGAGAACGUCACGAAGGAUACUGAAAGGCCCCGAACCUCUGAAUUUUCUUGCCAAAUUGGUGGGUGCAGCCAGGUUUUCAACACCUUGGAGAACUACGAGCAUCAUUACAACAUGCUUCACAGGAAUGUGUGUUCUUCUUGCAAACGAGCCUUCCCUUCAACACAUUUGCUAGAUGUUCACAUUCUGGAGUGGCAUGAUUCCCUCUUCCAGAUAAUGGCAGAGAAGCAGAGUAUGUACCAGUGUUUGGUAGAGAGCUGUCCAGAGAAAUUCAAGAGCAGCAAAGACCGCAAGGAUCACUUAAUCACAGUUCAUCGGUAUCCAUCUGAUUUUCGCUUCGAUAAAUCCCUGAAAGCACAAAGGAAAGAGAAAAUGAGGCCUCCAUCAGAAGAAAGUGCAUCAAUGGAUAUGACUGCGGAAGACUCAGAACAAUCACCUGUUGAUGCCAUGGAAAUAGGUCCAAGUGAGAGUAUAAUGGAAAGUGGCUUUAAGUCUGUGACAGAGCGUACUGUGGAUGUUCCAGCAUCUGAAAAGUGGCUCUACAGAUCCAGAAUCCCGCCUGCUAUUUGUUUUGGGCAGGGAGCUACCCGUGUCUUCAAAGGCAGAAAAAAGAAAAGCUGAAUAUGACGGCCAAGAGGAAUUUCACUGGCAGAAAAGUGCAUUAAAAUUGGAGCAGAGCUCUGGCUUCGUUCAGAAGUCAGAGAAAUGAACAGAGGCAAAGCUAGUCUAAGUAUUGGAACUGAUUCCCGCCCUUCCCAAUGGAUGUAUUCCAGCUAGGAGCUGCCAAGUACUGCCGUAACCUGGUUGUUGUAGUCCAGCCCCAUUUAAAGUGUCAGAAAUAGCCCAGGCUUCCAAUAUAGGGUGUGGAAUGAAAGUGAUCAGUUUUUUUUUCCAGGAACUGUUAUAAAAAUAAAACAGCAUCUAUGGUAUAGUACAGUUUUCCUGAUCUUUACCUUUACAAGAACCUUGUAAAGUAGGCCAUCAUGUUGCUAAAUACCAGAUAAGAAUGGCUUAGGCAAGUAUAGGUGCAUAGGGAGUAGUUUAUAGCUACCAGGCAAUCUGUUGGGAUCAGAUUUAAUUCUAUUCCUGCUUGAAUGGGCAUAAGCUUACUUGAACUGCUUCUAAGUAGUUAAUUUGCAUAACUUUUGAGAAUAACUUCUGAUUGUGCUGCUGUAAGGUUGUGUCUUUUUAGAUAUGACUGCUACAGUCGCUAAUAUACUUCAGAAACCCUUCAAAGCAACCAUCAGCUGAUAAGUACAAGAAACGUUUGUCUGCCUAUCUCUGCAAUAUAUAUGCCACUCAAUUCCAAGAAGGGUCUGAAUGGCUUACAAAUAAAAAUAAAAUGAAUGGAAUGGAAUAGAAAACAAAAAAAUAACUUAAUCCAAAAACCAGUAACAACUUUUCAAACUAUUAAUGCCUCAAGGGUAACUGUCUGCUCUUUGAGAUAGGCCAGAACAGGAAACAGACUCCAGAAAUCUGGAACUAUAGUGAUAAAGGGUUAUACCUGCAUUUCUCAACCUCAGCAACUUUAAGAGGUGUGGACUUCAAUUCCCAGAAUUCUGGGAGUUAGUCCACAUGUCCCAGGCAUGAGCAGCUGUGAGUGGGUCUGUUGAUCCAGGCUAGUUGUGACUGCUGUACAAGAUAGAAUUGUGCAAAGUAGAAUCCAAGAGCACCUCCAGAUUACAAGCCAGUUCCAUCUGGGGUAGAGCAACCCCAUCUUUGAACUAAAGAGGGAUUAUCAGUGGACUUCGCUUCCAAACCUACUCACUCACUCACUCUUGGUGGGAUUAAGACUGAGUCUGUUUCUCCCCAUCCAGCCCUUUGUAGCCUCCAGGCCCAGGGAUAGUGCCUCAACCAUGUUUCCCAUGUGGCCCUGGAUUGAAUGGCCUUGCAUGGGAAGUGUGUUUGGCUCCAACUCUGGUUGCCUUAUGGAAGCAGCUGGGAAUACAGCUCUUCCAGAGGGCAUCUGGGAUUUUUGUAUUUUUCAUUGUAAGUUUUUGUAAUUUUGAUUUCUAUUGUUGUUUAUUAUUUGUCGUGAGCUGCCAAGAGUUGGCUUGUGAUUGUGACAGGAUAUAAAUGUGAUAGAACAAAUGAACAGAUGGAUGAAUGAACAAAUGCAUGAGUGUAUAGCUGAGUAUCAGCAUACUGAUGAUAUCUAAGUCUGUGCUGGAGAAUAACUUCUAGAGGCUUCAUGUUGAAGUUGAAGGGCAAUAAAUUUUCUGUGUUGUAGUGCUUCAGUAACUGAUACUGUUUCUGUUCUCAGACCAGGCAAAAUCAAAGCUGAGACAUCUUGCACGAGUGAAACUGAUUUUAACACAAAUGCCACAUAAGCAUAAAUAAAUAAAACAUCACUCCACUUGUUUGAUUUUGAAAAACAGUGUUGGCAUUGCAGCAGGACAGCAAUGGUAAGGAUGAAGAAGAUUCUGUGGUUUAUACUGUACUUGCUACAGAAAAAGAAGGCUUAUAGGAAGAGGUUAAAAUAACAAAGAAGAAACCACUCAACAGAGAAUCAAAAGAGCAUAAAAAUUAUUCCUUCCCUGUAGCCCAGCCUCAUUGUCUCUGGUCCUUGCCUAAAGUACAAGGAAACAGUGAAAUGACCCCUUAACAGCAGUGGAUCCCAUUAAGGUUAGAGGCUAACACAAGCUAGGAAAUAUAAGGAUGAAUCACAUUAUCAUGUUCUAAUGUUAAAUCAGAAUAAAACUUAUGAAUAUACUCUGUAAGGUAUGAAUGCAGUAGUUUUUCCCCACUAUGCUUCACUAGUAACUAAUAUUUUGAGCGUGAUGCUCAACCAGCCAUGUUGGCUGGGGAAUUCUGGGAGUUGAAGUCCACAUAUCUUAAAGUUGCUAAGGUUGAGAAUCACUGGUGUUUAGCCUCUAUAACCAAUAGCCGUUGCUGGUUUUAUCUGAGUCUGAUUCCUGAAAACUUUGUAAGUUGCUGGCUGUUACAACUUUUUGAAGAAAGCAUAAUCUAUAGUUUAACGAAGUGCAGUUGUGAGCUGAGCUUUCCACCAUUCAAUUUCAUUGAGAUCUGAGAUUUUAGUAUUGUGGGAAAGGGAGAAAAAGCCUCUCUUGGAUGACUUUCUACACCCCAUACAUUUCUAUAAUUUUUCCCUUUUAUUUUUAUGCCAAACAAAGUAGCCCUGAGCUUUGUAGCCUUUCCUUACAAGGAGGUACACCACUUCCUUGACUGUAUUGCUAGCUGCUAUUUCAUGCACCUCUUUCAACUUACAAUAUUUUCCUGAAAAUGCAGCCUUAGGAAUUAUAUACAUCUAGUAUUACUGGACUGAAUAUUUAUUAAAAAGGGUCACAAUUUGAGAUGGGAUUUUGAGCUUUUUGUAGUCAUUUUGUUUUGCCACCUUGAACUCUUUGGUGUUCUCUUCAAACUGGGCCACACUUGAAACUAAAAUUGUGGACAAGUUAAAUCACCAGUCGCAUUACAGAUUGUUGGAGAGGGUACCUGGAGAGGGUCUGCUAUUUAAAUCAUUGUGUUAUGAGAACUGCUCACUUUGUUUUCUUUUUGAUAAUUUAGUACUGAUCAAUCAGAGGUGGGAUGUACCCUUAUCUCUUGACCGCUUAAUUUACUCAGGAAUUUUUGGAGGUGGAUUUUGUCCAAAGACAUUUAAAUAUCAAAAGACAUGUCUGCUAGAUUAUGUUAUGCUUGUUGACCUGCUCAAAGUCCAGGUGUAUUGAGACUCUUUAAAAGGUUUGUAUCCCUUAAUAUUUUGUCUUGUAGGAACAGAGAAAGCAACAAGUUGGAGGCUAUUCUUAAGAUAAUUUGUUUCAUCCCAGAAGCAGGCACAAACAAUUUUAGGGUACCUGGAGAUAAUUCCAAACUCCAACUAUUCUAAAAUACAAAAAAAGUAGAAAUUUUAAUAUGGUCUAAAAUUUGCUUAAAUUCGUUACAAGUAUUUCUGUAAAUAAUAUUUUUGCCUGGCAUUGGAUUGAUAGGCCAGAUUUCCUUGUCAGGAGAUCAUAGGAGCUACAUGCCUGAAAGGUACUAGGUUAGGAAGGAUGAAUGUGUUAAAUUAAGUUUUUGUCUGCCAUUGGAAUGUGGGGAACCUUUUUGGUUAGGUCAUUUCAAACCAACACGGCACUACUGAGGAAGCACUCUCCCUAAUCUCUUUUUUUUUUUUUUAAAUGAGAGAGGGAUAGAGAAGGAACUGGCAGCUGACAUGUGAAGAGAUGCUGCUUGAGCUUUUUGAGUUUAAGUUUAUUUCAGUCAUCAUAAGCAGGAGUGGGCAGCCCAUGGGCUGUAUGUGGUGCAGCAUGAUGAAAUUGUGCUGCUGAAUUUUGGCAGUGUUUCAACUUGUUUGAAGGCUUGUGAGAAGUUUAAAGGUGCUCCUUAUCCCCACCCGUAAUCCACCUCCAGGGCCCAAAACAGGUUAAAAAUGUCAGUUGAUUCAUAAUUCUUCUGGUGACAGAGUACCUCACCAAAUGGCCUUCAAAAAGUUGGGAGGCUGUGUUGUGGCCUUCUCUCUGUCAAGUGUUGCUUACUCUUCUUCAGAAAUACUGUAACCACCAGAAUCUUCAGCUGAGCUAAUUAAAAUGGCUUUCGUGGGCAGUCUCAUAUUCCAGUAUUCCAGGCAGGAGGUGGCAAGAACGUUAUAGUGACUAGAUAGUGUCUGAGCAGAUUGUGAACCAGAUGGAGCCAAGAAGAAAGCAUUUUCUAUUACAGAAACCCUUUAGUCUCUAAUGGCGGUGUUCCAUCUAAAAUGGAUCCCAUCUAAAUUAGGUUGAGCAUCAUUUCAUGAGGUAUUCAUGGUUCACAAAUGCUACAGAACAAUAUGAUUUUAUCUGCUCUACAUAUUUCCUACCAAGGAGACAGUUUGUUCUAAAUGAGCGUCAGGAGCCCAGAAUCUUUAAAUGUAAGGAUUUUAAGAAUUCAAAACUAUGGGUUUUGGGUAUUUUGUUUCUGUAUUAGACAUUCUGUGUUUUAUUCCUUUUUGUAAGCCACCAAUAACUUUGAGAAAUAAACAAGCUAAACCAUAAUACUGUAAAACAUGUAA